CCGGUGCCCGCCGCCCCCCCCGCGCUGACGAUGCCGGUGGCCACGGUGACGCCGGUGCUGGCCGUGACCUCCACGCCCACGGCCGGCCGCGAGUACUCGCCCGCGGCCACCACGUCCGAGAACGGCGGCGGGAAGAGGAAGCAGAAGGAGAAGGAGCUGGAUGAGCUCAAGAAGGAGGUGAACCUGGAUGACCACAAACUGUCCCUGGAUGAGCUGGGCAGGAAGUACCAGGUGGACCUGUCCCGGGGCCUGACCAACGCCCGCGCUGCCGAGAUCCUGGUCCAGGACGGCCCCAACGCGCUGACGCCGCCGCCCACCACGCCCGAGUGGGUGAAGUUCUGCCGGCAGCUCUUCGGGGGCUUCUCCAUCCUGCUCUGGAUCGGCGCCAUCCUCUGCUUCCUGGCCUACGGCAUCCAGGCCGCCAUGGAGGAUGAGCCCGCCAACGACAACCUCUACCUGGGGGUGGUCCUGGCCGCCGUCGUCAUCGUCACCGGCUGCUUCUCCUACUACCAAGAGGCCAAGAGCUCCAAGAUCAUGGACUCCUUCAAGAACAUGGUGCCCCAGCAAGCGCUGGUGAUCCGCGAGGGCGAGAAGAUCCAGAUCAACGCCGAGAACGUCGUGGUGGGAGACCUGGUGGAGGUGAAGGGCGGCGACAGGGUGCCCGCGGACAUGAGGAUCAUCUCCUCCCACGGCUGCAAGGUGGAUAACUCCUCCCUGACGGGCGAGUCGGAGCCCCAGACGCGCUCCCCGGAGUUCACGCACGAGAACCCGCUGGAGACGCGCAACAUCUGCUUCUUCUCCACCAACUGCGUCGAAGGGACAGCGCGUGGCAUCGUCAUCUCCACGGGUGACCGCACCGUCAUGGGCCGCAUCGCCUCGCUGGCCUCGGGGCUGGAGGUGGGCCGGACGCCCAUCGCCAUGGAGAUCGAGCACUUCAUCCGCCUCAUCACCGGCGUCGCCGUCUUCCUCGGCCUCUCCUUCUUCAUCCUCUCGCUCAUCCUCGGCUACACCUGGCUCGAGGCCGUCAUCUUCCUCAUCGGCAUCAUCGUGGCCAACGUGCCCGAGGGGCUGCUGGCCACCGUCACCGUGUGCCUGACCCUCACUGCCAAGCGCAUGGCCAGGAAGAACUGCCUGGUGAAGAACCUGGAGGCCGUGGAGACGCUGGGCUCCACCUCCACCAUCUGCUCGGACAAGACGGGCACGCUGACCCAGAACCGCAUGACCGUGGCCCACAUGUGGUUCGACAACCAGAUCCACGAGGCUGACACCACCGAGGACCAGUCGGGUGCCACCUUCGACAAGCGCUCUCCCACCUGGGCGGCCCUGGCACGCAUCGCGGGGCUCUGUAACCGCGCCGUGUUCAAGCCGGGCCAGGAGAACGUUUCCAUCUCCAAGCGGGACACGGCCGGGGACGCGUCGGAGUCGGCGCUGCUCAAGUGCAUCCAGCUGUCAUGCGGCUCCGUCAAGAGGAUGCGGGACAGGAACCCCAAAGUGACCGAGAUCCCCUUCAACUCCACCAACAAGUACCAGCUGUCCAUCCACGAGCGCGAGGAGGACCCCCAGGGUUACCUGCUGGUGAUGAAGGGAGCCCCCGAGCGCAUCCUGGACCGCUGCUCCCGCAUCCUCCUGCAGGGCCAGGAGCAGCCCCUGGACCAGGAGAUGCGCGAGGCCUUCCAGAACGCCUACCUGGAGCUGGGGGGGCUCGGGGAGAGGGUCCUGGGGUUCUGUCACCUGUACCUGCCCCCGGACAAGUUCCCCCGCGGGUUCCGCUUCGACGCGGACGAGGUGAAUUUCCCCACCAGUGACCUUUGCUUUGUGGGGCUCAUGUCCAUGAUCGACCCGCCCCGCGCCGCCGUGCCCGACGCUGUGGGCAAGUGCCGGAGUGCCGGCAUCAAGGUGAUCAUGGUGACUGGGGACCACCCGAUCACGGCCAAGGCCAUCGCCAAGGGCGUGGGGAUCAUCUCCGAGGGCAACGAGACCGUGGAGGACAUCGCGGCACGGCUGAACAUACCUGUGAGCCAGGUGAACCCCAGGGAGGCCAAGGCGUGCGUGGUGCACGGCUCGGACCUGAAGGACAUGAGCUCGGAGCAGCUGGACGAGAUCCUGCGCAACCACACCGAGAUCGUGUUCGCCCGCACGUCCCCCCAGCAGAAGCUGAUCAUCGUCGAGGGCUGCCAGCGACAGGUGACAGCGCCCUUGUCCCAAAUAUCCGUGGUGUCGCCGGGUUCCGAUGGGGUGAACGACUCCAGGUCGAAGCGCGGACAUCCGGGAUGCGCCAUGGCAGCGCCGGCCUUAUCCCACGUGUCCAAGCAGGCGGCCGACAUGAUCCUGCUGGACGACAACUUCGCCUCCAUCGUCACCGGCGUCGAGGAAGGCCGCCUGAUCUUCGACAACCUGAAGAAGUCGAUCGCCUACACGCUGACCAGCAACAUCCCCGAGAUCACCCCGUUCCUGCUCUUCAUCAUCGCCAACAUCCCGCUGCCGCUGGGCACCGUCACCAUCCUCUGCAUCGACCUGGGCACCGACAUGGUCCCCGCCAUCUCCUUGGCCUACGUGGCGGCCGAGAGCGACAUCAUGAAACGGCAACCGCGGAACCCCCGCAGCGACAAACUGGUCAACGAGCGGCUCAUCAGCAUGGCCUAUGGCCAGAUUGGGAUGAUCCAGGCUCUGGGCGGGUUCUUCACCUACUUUGUGAUCCUGGCUGAGAACGGGUUCCUGCCGGGGACGCUGCUCGGGAUCCGCCUGGCCUGGGACGAUCGCUCCAAGAACGACCUGGAGGAUUCCUACGGGCAGGAGUGGACGUACGAGCAGCGCAAGGUGGUGGAGUUCACGUGCCACACGGCGUUCUUCGCCAGCAUCGUCGUGGUGCAGUGGGCGGAUCUCAUCAUCUGCAAGACGCGCCGCAACUCCGUCUUCCAGCAGGGCAUGAAGAACAAGAUCCUGAUUUUCGGGCUGCUGGAGGAGACGGCGCUGGCGGCGUUCCUGUCCUACUGCCCGGGCAUGGGGGUGGCUCUGCGCAUGUACCCCCUCAAGGUGACCUGGUGGUUCUGCGCCUUCCCCUAUUCCCUGCUGAUCUUCGCCUACGACGAGGUCAGGAAACUGAUCCUGAGGCGCUACCCCGGAGGCUGGGUGGAGAAGGAAACCUAUUACUGAUCCCUUCCCCCUCCUUUUUGGGACCCCCUCGGAGCCCCUCCCCCACCCCAAAACUAACCCGGGGGGGUCGGGACCCCCUGAGCUGGGGGGGC